AUCACAAAUCACAAUUCGCAUUGUUUUAAUAAAUUUCUCGAAUGGAUAAAAUAAUACGUGAAUAAUCAAAUAAAUUUAACAAAAAUAAAAUGAUAUUUUACCAGGUAAAUAGAAUCUUAUACAAGCCUCAUAUUAUCAAUAAAUUCUUACGCAAUGUGCACACCGAAACAACAUCAUCUUCGAAUAUUUUGUAUCCCCUGAAAAGUCGCGGGUUGCUUAAAGUUACGGGAGACGAUGCCUCAGUUUUCUUACAAGGGCUCAUCACGAAUGAUAUGAACCAUUUUGAGGAAGGAACCAAGUCAAUGUACGCUAUGUUUCUCAACAACAAAGGCAGAGUCCUUUACGACACACUCAUUCAUAAAUGGAACAAGGAAGAGUCAUUUUUAAUCGAAUGCGAUAGAAAACUUGUUAAUGUAUUACAAAAACAUCUUAAACUUUAUAAGUUAAAGCGGAAAGUGAAUAUUGAAGAUGUUAAUGAUGAAUAUUUACUAUAUGCUCUGAAAUCUACGAACGUAAAAGAUGUAUCUAAUGAGAAAAUAAAUGUUUACAAAGAUCCACGCCUCACUGAACUAGGAUAUAGAGUUAUAUCUUCUGUUGAUGUUAAAGAUUCAGAUGUUGCCCAAACUGUGGGAAAUGAUGUAGUGACUGAGAGUAAUGAAGAUGGUUAUAAGUAUUUAAGGUAUAAGCUAGGAGUCAGUGAAGGGGCUGACGAUUUGCCCCCUGGAACAAGUUUCCCUCUCGAGGCUAACUGUGAUUAUCUCCAUGGUGUGAGCUUCCAUAAGGGCUGUUAUAUUGGUCAGGAGCUCACUGCGAGGGUCCAUCAUACUGGAGUUGUUCGAAAACGUAUAAUGCCUCUCAAAUUUAAUGAAACAAUAUCAAACAACAUAGAAAGGGAUUCUGUAAUAUCAGCUAGCAGCAAUCCCAAGAGUAAUUUAGGGAAAUUAAAAGGUGUUGUAAAUAAUUAUGGAUUAGGAUUGCUAAGAAUCAAAGAGGCUCUUGAUGCAAAGAUUUUAAGUGUUGCCAAUUAUUCAGCAGAAGCACAAAAACCUGCAUGGUGGCCUAUUGAGGCUCCAAAGGAGCUUCUUAAAAGUGAAUGAAAUUUAAAAAUAAAUAACUUUCAUAAUUGAAUAUUGUAAUUUCUAGUCUAGAAGUACAUAUUAUGUACGUACUUAUAUAUGAAAACCUUGAAAACAUUAUUCAAAAUUACAACCUGGUUUAAUACUAGUUUAUAUGAUUUUCUGUUAAAAUUGUUUUGAAUAAUAGAUCAAAAAUUAGAUCAGCAUUUCUAAUCCUAGUGUUGUUUUUAACAUUAAAGCAUGAAACAACAAAUUGAAUGAAUGAAUAACGAUAUGAGCAAACCUUGCUUUUCCCUCAUUCAUUUAUGAUUAAAAUAUGAUGUAACUUUUUGGGUACCUGUAUGAAUAAAUCUCUAUAUUAUUUACUAUGA